AUGACAGAGAUGUAUGCCAAGCUUCACGAGCACAUGAAUACCAAGCUCUCGUACAUGUUUGAUAGCACAUGCAAAAGUAAAUGUGUACUCAAGAAGAUGUUCAUGAAAGAAUUCGAAGCAUUGAAGCAAGCUGGUACAAAUACACCACAAAUGAACAAUGCUACGGUGAAGACAGAGAAUGAGGCAGGUGAGGCAGGUGUGAUAGAUGAAGCACCGGAGAAUACAGAGGAUCACGGGGAUAAUGCUGAUGAGGAGAUACACCCUGAUGAGGAGGAUAUCAGCCUGGAACUGGAAGACCUGUAG